AUGCCACCAACGAUCCCAGCCCGCUGGAUGCCAUCCGCGAACAGACCAGCAAGAUCGAAGACUGGCUCGACACCUUGUCGCAUCCCGUCAAGCCCUNACAUCCCUGCCAUUGGCCGCUUCCUCAUCGUCGUGACCUUCCUCGAGGAUGCCCUGCGCAUCAUCACCCAAUGGAGCGACCAGCUCACCUACCUGCACGACUACAGACACAGUAUGUUGUUCUGUCGCCUCGCCCGAGAGUCCCAACUAACACGCUACCACCAGNUCCCCUCUGGCCUCACCCACCUGUUCCUCAUCGCCAACGUCAUCGCCAUGAGCGUCUCGUCCUUCAUGAUCAUCGUCCGCAAGCACAGCGAAUACGCCGUCAUGGGUCUCUUCGGCGUCGUCGUCACCCAAGCCCUCGGCUACGGCCUCAUCUUCGACCUCAACUUCUUCCUGCGUAACCUGUCGGUCAUGGGUGGUCUAUUGAUGGUCCUGUCCGACAGCUGGGUGCGCAAGCGCUUCGCCCCCGCCGGUCUCCCCACUCUUGACGAAAAGGACCGCAAGAUGUACUUCCAGCUUGCCGGACGCGUCUUGCUCAUCUUCCUCUUUGUUGGCUUCGUCUUCGCUGGCGAGUGGAGCUUUGGAAGGGUUGUUGUCAUCUUGCUGGGUGCGGUUGCUUGUGUCAUGGUCGUUGUUGGCUUCAAGGCAAAGUGGAGUGCCGUCAUGCUUGUCGUCAUUCUCAGUGUCUUUAACCUGCUCGUCAACAACUUCUGGACUGUAAGUUCUCUUCUGUUUGCAUUCUUUGGAUCGAAGCUAACUUUUCCCAACAGCNUGCACCACAACCACCCCCACAAGGACUUCGCUAAGUACGAUUUCUUCCAAAUCCUCUCGAUUGUCGGUGGUCUUCUUCUCUUGGUCAACAUGGGCCCCGGCCAAUUCAGUGUCGACGAGAAGAAGAAGGUUUACUAG